AUGUGUAAUUUUCCACUCUUUUUAUUGCUGAAAGUUACGUACAUGUCUUAAGAUAUCGUUUCCGUAAGUCACAUAAUCUACUACUUUCUUUGUCAAUAAUAUAUAUCUACUCUAGAAACACCGAGACAGAUGAUGAUGAGUACAUUACAUUCACGCAAGUUAUUGGUGUUUGGUCAAAAAUUCAAAAUAUAUCGAGACUUGUCUGAAGAUCUUUCUCCAGACAUUACACAACAGAAAAAGGAGGAGCGCGAAUAUGAUAAUAGUAAAAGGCAACAAAAGCUAAAUAAAGAGAGAAAAAAAGUAAAGUGAUUUAGCCUCAAUCAACGGGAACGUAUCUUAAUUUAUGAGGUUCUUCUUUCUUUUACUUUUGUCACACGAGAGUUUGCGGCAAUGGUUGACUAGUUAUGCAUGAGAACAGAAGUAGCAAACAAUAUGGGAGAAUAUUGCUUACAGCUUCACAUUGUUUCCUUAACGUUGAACCAAACCUUGUUCAUCAACUUCAAACGUACGUCUUCAUCAUCAUCCAUUACAAAAACUUCAUUUAAAAGGAUAAGAUUGUGAACAAAAAGAUGGGGUGAGUAGUGUGAAAGGAGUGGUCCCAAGAUGAUUAUGAAUUGUGAAUUGUCCAAAAAAAAAGAUGAUUAUGAAUUGUGAUAAUUUAAACCAGCCAGGAACUGACACGUGUCAUCCUAGCUUUAUAGAUUUCCUUAGCCAUCACCUUGAUUGUGAUUGUAUAAAUGUAACCCUACCUCCGUCUCUUCCAUUUGCCAUUCUCCAUACACAUUUUUUAACACCACACAGAUAUAAAAAAAAAACAUAUACAUAGGAUUCAAAAGGAAAGGCAAGCAAACAUACAAUAAUGAAGAAGGUAGCAGAAUUCGUGAAGGAUAUAGUAAACAUGUUGAAGAGGAAGACAAGAGCGUUUAAGACUCGUCUUGUAAUAUUCUCGCUGCUCCACGACAGAAACAUGAUGGUGAGCUCGUGGUCUCACAAGCUUAAGGCCAAACCAACAUCAAGAAAGCUAGAUGGUGGUGGUAAGGAUCAGGAACAAGAUCAAAACUUGGUGGUGGUUUAUAGCCACAACGCCAUGUCUAGCACUCCUGCUGCCUCUCCACAAUAUGUACAAUAUUCAGAAGAAGAAGAGGAAGAGAAGGGGGAGGGAAAGUAUCCAGACCCGAGACACUCGCUUUUUGAGGCAGAGGGUUCGGUGAUAGACAUGGUGAAACACUCUAAAGAGGACAAGGGAGAAGAGUUUAAGUUGGAAGACGAGAUCGACAAAGUGGCUGAUCUUUUCAUUUCAAGGUUUCACCAACAGAUGUGGUUGCAGAAGCAGAUCUCUCUAGAGAAUAUUCAAGAUACACCCUGAGCACCACACCACAUCAUCAUCUAAGCACUUUGACUACACCAUAACGACCGUUUAUGUAUCGUUUCAUGGUCCAUUAAAUUUUUUACGGGCUUGUAUAUAUACGAAUUGCACGCAUAUUUUCAGCUUUUAAAUCCUGUUAAGGCCCAUUCACCAAUAUAACUCACCAUGUAAGGUCACACAGUGAAGAUUAUAGAGGAGUGAACUACAUGAUAUAUGAUAACAGAGCCCAAAUCUGCUUAAGUCUUGUUUUA